ACCAAACUUGUGCACUCCUCCUCCACGUGCAGUGCCAGUGCAGGCACAUUGGCAGACCCUGAGCUCCACGAUGAGACGACCAAAAUUAAAGAAAGCAAGUAAGCGGGUCUCAUGCUCCAAACGCUAUAAAAUACAGAAAAAGGUCCGGGAGCAUGCCAGAAAGCUGAGAAAAGAGGCAAAGAAGAAAGGAGUGAGCAAACGAGUGAAGAAGGACCCCGGAGUUCCCAGCAGCGCUCCCUUCAAAGAGGAGGUGCUCAGGGAGGCCGAGCAGAGGAGGCUACAGAUUGAAGAAGAAAAAGAGAGAAAGAAACAAGCGAAAAAAGAGGAGCGAGCACAGAAGAGGAAAAAGGAGAGGGAGGCUACCAGUCAAGAAACCGAACCCAAAGCCAAGAAGGCUCGGCAGGAUGAGGCUGGAAAGAAGUCAGGGAAACAGUCUGCCCCAGACAAGAACUCCAAACAGUACAUUUGUUCUGAAUUAAAUAAGGUUAUUGAUGCAUCUGAUGUAGUAAUAGAGGUCCUCGAUGCUCGGGAUCCACUGGGCUGCAGGUGUCCACAGUUGGAGGAGGCGGUGCUGCAGAGGGAAGGCAACAAGAAACUGAUUUUAGUUUUAAGCAAAAUAGAUCUGGUGCCAAAGGAGAAUGUGGAGAAGUGGAUACAGUGUCUGCAACUGGAGUUUCCAGUUGUGGCGUUCAAAGCAUCGACACAGAUCAAGGACAAAACAGUGCAAGCCAGGAAGAGCCGGAUAGUCGCCUCCAAUGAAGUCCUGGACAGGUCCAGAGCAGCAGCCUGCUUCGGAAACAGUCCUCUCACUGAGCUGCUUUCGAGUUAUGCUGCGAAGACAGAGAAAGAAGCUCCACUCAGAGUGGGUGUAGUUGGUUUUCCGAACGUGGGGAAAAGCAGUCUUAUCAACAGCAUGAAGGGGAUCCUCGCCUGCAACGCCGGCAUCAAGAGAGGCAUCACAAAAUCCAUGCAGGAGGUGCACAUCUUGAAGAACGUGAAGCUAAUAGACACCCCUGGAAUCAUAGCAUCACCACUGAACCCGCCAGCCUCCAUGGCUCUGAGGAGCCUGCAGGUGGAGGAGGGCCAGGAGAGCGUGCUGGAGGCUGUCAGGACUCUGCUGAAACAGUGCGACCACAGCCAGAUCAUGCUUCAGUACAAUGUCCCUGACUUCAGAAACUCGGUGGAGUUUUUAACCAUGUUCGCCAAAAAGCGUGGAUAUCUGCAAAAGGGCGCAGUCCCCAACACAGAGCAGGCAGCCACAGCUUUCCUCGCAGACUGGACAGGACCCAAGACGAGCUACCACUGUAAGCCACCGGAGAACCACAGCCUGCCCGCCUACAUAUCCGACGCUAUUGUUGCUGAGAUGCAGAACGGCUGGGAUCUAAAAAUUUUGAAAACGGGCAACGAGGAAACUCUGAAAGGUGUUAAAUUCCCGAGCCAGGCCAGCAGUAUAGGCUUCACGUCUAAAGGCCAGACUGCAGGUCUGCUGAGUGCCAGCGACAUCUCUGAAGAUAAAAGUGGUGCUGAAGCCGCAGAGAUGGAACCACAGCAGAAUGAUGAGAAUAAUGAGUCUGAACAGACUGCAGAGGAGGCAAAUGGAGCAGAAGCACCAGAGAAACCAAAAAAAGCCUCACUUAAAAAAAAACCAGGCCAUGUGCAGUUCCGGUCAGUUCCCGUUGACAUCAGCCUCUCUGCAGCUACAACAGAUGACGCCUAUGACUUCAAUACAGACUUUAAAUGAGCGUUGCGUUCUCUGUCUGGAGGACAUGCAGACCUGGAUUUGUCAGCAUUAACUAAUGUGCUGACGUAAAGAGUCACUGUCAGGGUGCUCUUGACCACCUCAUGACGGGCAAAGUUGAUCAGAAUCACAGUUUGAAAGGCACUGCCUGGUCGAUCGUGUUUGUGACCUCCUUUCAAACUUUGAUUCUGGAAGACAGCAGGACGGUUUCCAGACAAGGACUGACCUUUAUCACAGACAGCAUUUUCCAUUGAUAAUUCAAUUGAAUUUGUCUAGGACAAACCCCUGCCCAGAAAAUUGACUUUAUCUGUUAAGUGGCCAUGUAUAUAUCUGCUGGCAUCUUUUCCCAGAUGCUGUCGGUGUUUUAAGUGUCCAGAGGUUAUUUGUGUUCAUGCAGAAACUGUAUAUAGAUGACGUAUUAUAAAUAAACCCACUGCAAAGCCCAAA